AUGGUGCUCCAUAGGGCCAUCGCUGCUGCCCGGGCAGGGGACCUGGCAAGCCUGAAGGAGCUGGCAGUCGCUGGGCACCUGACAGACGCCAUCGCGGAUGCCCAGGGGGCGGGGCCUGUCCACCAUGCGGCUCGCUGUGGCCAGCUGGACUGUCUGCGCUUCCUGGUGACAGAGGCAGAACUGGAAGCUAAUAGUAAGGCCCUGAAUGGUGCCACGCCUGUCCAUGAUGCAGCUGCCACUGGACACACCCCAGAGCUGCAGUGGCUGGUACAGAGUGCCGGAUGCAGUGUGCAGGAGCAGGACACAUCGGGGGCCACUGCGCUCCAUCUCGCCGCCCGGUUCGGAAGAGUGGAGGUGGUCAGUUGGCUGCUGGCGUUCGGCGGUGGGGCAGAUCAGGAGACAGACUGUGGGGCACUUCCUGCCCACUACGCUGCCGUCCGGGGCAACCUUACCUGCCUCAAACUGCUGAUAGACCAGGACCUGGGCUGUGUGAACCGCCAGACGUUCCUGGGAGCGACUCCGCUGUACCUGGCGUGUCAGGAGGGUCACCAGGAUGUGGUGCAGUAUCUGCUGCAGGACUGCGGAGCUGACAUCCACUUGAGAGCACACGACGGCAUGACCCCCCUGCAUGCAGCUGCGCAUAUGGGCCAUUAUUCUCUGGUGGUCUGGCUGGUCAGUCACACAGACGUGAGCGUGUCCAGUCAGGAUAAAGAGGGGGCCACUGCACUGCACUUUGCUGCCAGCGGGGGGCAUCACCACGUGCUGGACCGGCUGCUCCGCACUGGACCAAAGAUUAUCAAAGACUUCUGGGGGGGCACUCCUUUACAUGAUGCAGCCGAGAACGGAGAGAUGGAGGUACAGCUCCCACCCUGCCUGUGCAGAAAUGUCACUUUCUGCUGCAGGGUUCUGCUGAGUUAUGGGGUUAAUCCUGCAGAGAGGGACGUGGACGGAUUCACUGCGGCUGAUCUGGCUCAGUAUAACGGUCACAACUACUGCGCUAAAUACCUGCGCAGGGUGGAGAAAAACCCGCAGAGUGCUGCUGAGCGUCUGGAGCCGAACGGUCCGGUAGAGGACCUGAGAGAGCGUCCCGCGGCGGCGUGGCAGUCCGGCUCCGGGGAUUACUACAGACACAUCAGCGAGACACAGCGAGACAUGGACAGCCUAAAGCACCCUGAGACUGAAGACUCCCCCCAGGCCCGUUACCCCCCUCCACCCCCGGCUCCACCCCUCCCCUCGUCUUUCCUUUCACCUCCACCUUCUUCCGUUCCCCAUGAGAAAUCGAUGGCCAGCAACGCCCAUCACGUCCAUGUGGCCACCACAGUGGUGAAGAGCCUGAGCCCCGACAAUCCCACGAGCAAACCAGUGCCAGAAAAAGGGAAAAAGUUGCUGGGAGAAAUGAAACUGGGAGAGAUGAAGUCCAUCACCUCUCUGAAAAACUCCAAGUUAACUGAAAACUUUACUCCCUCUAAUAAGAUGGUGGUGCUGCCCACAGAGGAGGCUAAUCUGUCGGAUAUUGAUUACCUGGUUCCCACUCAUGAUGAGAAGGGCCGGCCUAUAGCCGAGUGGAAGAGGCAGGUGAUGGUGCGGCAGCUGCAGACCAGACUACUGGACGAGGAGGCCCAGAGGAGGAAGGAGAAUGGACACAGAUACGCAAAGAUGGACAGCUGGAGAUACUCCCAGGCGCACAACGCCAUCCUGGGUCCAUUUGGGGAGUUGCUGGCAGAGGAUGACCUUAUCUACCUGGAGAAACAGAUCAAAAGUGUCUCCAUGCAGAAGAACUGCGAGGGCUACGAGAUGGAGCUGGCUCGCCUCGCAGAGGAACUCCGGAACAUUCUUCCAGCACCGAUCGUCAACAUCACGGUCAACACCCAGUACAAGAACCUCAGCACACAGAUUCCCCUUCCAGUGUGGUGCAACCGGAUAUCAGGGAUUGUGAAGAGCAUGUCGCUGCUUAUGACCAACCUGACUGACCAGCCGUACUGCAAGAUGCCCAACACCGAGCUCGUGAGCGUCUUCUCUCAGAACUUCGAGAGACAGAAUUUGGCCAGAGGGAGGAGAGAGAAGAUUGAAAAUGAGAUCCAUGAGUUCGGAGUAUCAGUGCGCAAUCUGAAGUCCAACUUCGAGAAUCAGGACAUUCCUGCUGUUGAGGACUCUGAGAGUAAAGGGCUGCAAGUCCAGCACAAAGAGCCAGUGGAGAACGGCUCGAGCGGAACUUUAGAGAAUCACGAACAUGAACCCGAACCCGAACAUCCAGCAGCGGCAGAAGUGAUCCAUGAAGAUUUUGUCGUUGGCUACGAUGAAGGCAACGAUGUCAUAGAGACUACAAGCUUGCGCAAGGAGCGAAUCGUGGUCUUGUUCUUGGGUCACUGGAAAAAGUCGGCAUAUACCGUUACUGUCAAAAACGCCCAGCGAAAGCACAGCAUGGACAGUCAGAAGAUUAUAGACGACCACGGUAGCAACAAGCUGCAUCGCAAGGCCAGCUUGGACAUAUCACCGAAGAAGAUGAUGGAGAAUGGUUCGCUGGGGAACUUCUUCAAGCAAAGGAGCACCAUCAACAAGAUGAUCGGCAACUGGAGGAGCAUGAUCUCCAUCGUACCAUCCCGGCAGAUCCGGCGACUCAACCGACAGCAGGCUCUCUACUCACCAGAGCAGUUCCUACCCCGUGUGGAUGGAGCUCCGGUCGACUACGACACUCUGACUUUGGACCUCUUCAUGCUGGGCUACUUCCACAUUCUUGAGCUGGACCUCUCGCCAGAUGAGAGGAAGAUGAGGCAUCUGCUGUGCUUCGAGGUUUUCGACCACGUUGGACGCUUCAGCUGGGAGACGGUGCGGGACUUCCACAAGGCUGUCAUCCAGGACAUCGAGGCUGGGAACAGGGAAUGGAAGGACGGGUUUGAGGAUAUCAAGAUCAGGUUCUUUGGCGAGGCUUCGAACCAACCAGAUCAGCCGGCAGAUCAGGAGAAAAUCCCACCAGUAGAAAUAAGGCCAGUGCCCAAAGUCAUUGUUCAGACUCCAACUCCAGAUGAGGGAGAAAUCCUCUCCAGAAACUCAGAUAUUACCAGUUUGAGCAACGACGAGAUCUGCCAAUACAUUGACAGGAGUUUCGCAUUCUGGAAAGAAAAGGAAGCCGAAAUAUUUGACUUUGAGUGAUUUGCAAAUUUGACAAACAGAUUUUUAUUCUUAUUUUUGAUAUCUUUGUGUACAUUUGUUUAACUGAAUGUGUAAUAGAUUAAUGCUGGAGUUGGAAUUUUUGUUUGUAUUUUAGGAAAACGACUGUAGAAAACAUGGAUUUAUGUUCCUCUGCUGGCUAAUUGCACAUAUAAUACACAUACACACAUAAUACACAUACACAUAUAAUGUGUAGCUUGUCCCAUCUCAUUUUUCUUCUCUAAACUGUCUUUUUAUCUUCAGUGUCACUACAAUUCUAAUAAUUAGUUUUUUCCUUUGCUAAUAUCACCACAGUUAUAUUUCCAUCAGAACCCAUUUUAAACCUUAUUUUGCUAUAUUAGAAGGUGGGGAUACACUUUGGAAUGAUAUAAGUGGUUCACAGCAUUGGCUAGAACAUAUUGUCUGCAUCAGCUUACAUGGAGUAGUUAAGUUGUAGUUGAGCUGUCAACUAACUUUGUUGAUUAUCAUGCUGUAAUUUGUUUGGUAAUAAAAUACAUGAAUUGCACUUUUACUGUUGGGACACUGAAACACUUACUGAGUAAACUGGGAAUCACAGGGUAAAAUCCACUCUGCUUCUGGUCCUUUAGGCUGCAGUUUAAACUCAGGUGGUGGUUUGAUACUGUAAUACUUGGUCUGGGGCAUGUAUUUGGCUUCAUUUCUAUAGAACUGAAGGAAAUGGAACCACAGAAUUCAUGUUUUCUACAGUCGCUGGUUUAGGGCUAGAAUGUAAAGUGUGAAAUUAGACUUACAGUAGAACACAAUCCUAUUUUAUAUAAGUGUUUAUGGUUUGCUGUUGCAAUAGCAAAUGUUCACAUUUUUCACAUUUUUCACAGUUUUUCGUCAUAUUUGUUUGUUCACUAAUGAAAGACUGAAUGGUAUGAGGUUAAGGGCUGGCAUAAUGUGUUCCUAUUGAUCAGUAUAAUGCCAUACAGAAAACAAAAAUAUGGCUACCUAUUUCUUUAUAUGUGCAAUUUGAACUUAUAUUUAAUUUAGACUAUUCAUUAUUCAUUGGAAGGGCUAGCUGGAUUGCAGCAAAUUUUUAAAAUAAUAAUUGACAUAAAUGCAAAUGUUCAAAUGUGUUUUAUACAUUAAUUUACAUACAUUUAUUUUCUGUUUAGGAUAUGUUUUUUGUUUUAACCAAUAUCCUUAUUUGAUUAUCAGUAUGAUGACAGAAGGAAUUAGAGCAAAGACAUUUUUUACAAGUUAAUGAAAAGCACAAAAAAAAAUCAAGGGUACAAGCAUACCUAAUGCUCAAAUAUCAGUCUGUGUUGGCUGCAAUGAGGUUUUUUGUACUUUUUAGACCCAUUUAGACUAUUAGAAAAUAUUGCAUAAUAUAUAAUCAUAUUCAAAUAUACAAUCAUAUCAGUCAUUCAAUUUAGCAUUUUUUCCUCUUUCCAAGACAAUUCAUGAAAGGCUCCCUCUGGAUUAUUUCAUUUUUCUGUUAAUAAAUGUUAUUUUUUCUAAAGAAAGGCUUGAGGUUAUUCCUCUUAAUGACUGUGACAGACCAGGAGAUAUUAGAUA